UGACUUAACCCUUCAUUUUAUAUGAGCAGUAACAAGCUUCAGAAACGACUGGGAAAGUACUGCAUGUUGAAUUGGCCCCUCCGUCGCGCUGUAGAUUUUAGGCAUGAGCGUGCUGCUGGUCGACGCCUUUUAUGGUGGCUCUCAUAAGCAGCUGACGGACCUUCUUCAGGCCGGUGUAGCUGACUGUGCGGUUUAUACGCUACCUGCUAAAAAGUGGCACUGGAGGGCCAGGACGGCAGCGCUGCAUUUCAUGCAGGCGAUCCCAAGCAGCCCGCUGUACAGGGUUUUAUUUACGAGCUCUGUGCUUAACCUGGCCGAAUUGGUGGCUCUGCGGCCGGACCUCGCGGGUCUAAAGAAGAUUCUCUACUUUCACGAGAACCAGUUGAUUUAUCCGGUCCGCAAAUGCCAAGAGAGGGACUUCCAGUACGGCUACAACCAGAUCCUUUCAUGCCUGGUGGCAGACGUGGUCCUUUUUAACUCGGCCUUCAACAUGAACUCGUUCCUGUCCUCCAUCUCCAGUUUCAUGAAGACGAUGCCCGAUCACCGGCCCAAAGGCCUGGAGCAACUCAUCCGGCCCAAGUGCCAUGUCCUUUAUUUCCCCGUCAGCUUUCCCGAUGUCAAAAGUUUUCUGCCUGAACACAAGCUCCUGCUUAGGCAAAGCCAGUCUCAGAGUGAUAUCAGCUCACAAGAUUCCCACAAGCAGCCUGAAACAGCAGCAGUCGGCUCCACAACAUCCCAAAAUGUGAAGGAACAAAGACACAAGUAUGAUAUAGAAGAGCUGGAGCGUCAAGCAGCAUCCAAACCGUCUUCUAAUCCAGAAGGAGCAACGCCUCGGCCCCUGCACAUCAUCUGGCCCCAUCGAUGGGAACAUGACAAAGAUCCUGAGCUGUUUUUCCAGACCUUGCUAAAGCUGACUGAGCGAGACCUGAGCUUUGAAGUUUCCGUCCUCGGGGAAACGUUUACCGACGUACCAGAGAUCUUCUCCGAGGCUAAGGAACGGCUGGCUCGCCACAUCCGCCACUGGGGUUUCAUGCCCAGUAAGGAGGACUACCUCAGAACGCUGUGCCAAGCAGAUGUUGUCGUUUCCACGGCCAAGCACGAGUUCUUCGGCGUAGCCAUGUUGGAAGCAGUGCAUUGUGGUUGCUACCCUCUAUGCCCAAAGGCUCUCGUCUACCCAGAAAUAUUUCCUGGUUUAUAUCUGUACUCGACACCUGAGCAACUUUUUAAAAGACUUCAAGGUUUCUGUAAGCAUCCGCAUUUAGCAAGACAGCACCUUAUUCAGGUGGACACAAGGAGGAUUUCCUGGGACGCUCUGGGACCGGAGUACAUAUCACUGUUAACUCACGUUUCCAGCAACAAAUCAUGACACUGUCAGUUAGGAUUUAGAGACGUAAUGUAAAAGGACAAUUUUAGCAGCACUUUAUAAACCAAUUAACAUGCUACUGUUUUCUAGCAUAUUUAUAAAAAUAAAAAAAACACUCAAAGCUC